CCAAAAAUGCUAUUGAACCAACUUCUGAAAUAUGCUCCAAGUGCUUCGAAGCCAUCUCUCCAGAACUUUCAAAACCGGUCGUAUUAUUGACAUGUAAACACGUUAUCCAUUUCGAGUGCAUUGGCAACAAGCGUAAUUUAUGUCCUAAAUGUCCAUCGGUGGAUGAUUUAGAAAAAGAAGGAUAUUAUAUCUCACCUGGUAUCUCAAUUAACGAAGCUCCCAAAAAGAAAAGGAAGAAACCGGAAGAUAACACCCGUGAAAAUAAGCCUAAAAAGAUCUCGAAACCACAAGCCAUGAUUCGAGAGUUAUCGGUCGUACCAAUUUCUGAUGAAGCAUCAAUCACUAUACCUCCCGAGGAUUCCAAUGUGGAAGGAAUAUCCAAUAAAUUCCAUCGCCUAUAUUGUGAAGUUGAUAAUAUUGAAAAGAAGGGGGAUCGAACAAAUUGGGAGGUGAUUCAUUAUUAUUUUCGGUUUGGGAAAGCACUAUCAGAGCGCCUCACUGUGUUGUUAAAGAGCAAGCCUCCGCAAACAGCAUAUACUGAUCUAAACAGUGAAGUUAAAGAGUAUCUCCCGAAAAAUCUCAAUAAUGCUAUGAUACGUAAAAGAACAGAUACUGCUAGAAAAAUUUAUGAUGUGUUUAGCAAACUUGGAGAAAAUAAAAUUCAGCGGGUUAAAUCAUUCACUGCAUCUAGCUUUUCUGACUUAACUAGAAGUGAGGUUAAAUAUAUCAUGGAAAAUUUCCCCUCUGAUAAAUAG